UAAAUAAAGUGUCAGAAAGAACUAAACUGUCAGAAAACUUCUAAAAAAUACAUGAGAUUAACAAAAACAUUAAACAUUCCCAAUAAAACAACCCAUUAUAUAUGAAGAGGAUAUAUGCAACAUUGAGCUCUAUAACAUACUGGAGAGAGCCUUCUCAUAAGAGCCAAUGUGUAGUUUUCGGGCCAAAGAGAACAAUAGUAGCCAGAGGUUGUCUGUACUUCUUCCACAUUUACAUUGUAUAUUGGUGGGGAUGAAACAUAUACUUGACAAUAUUAAACUCUUUUUCCAGAGUGGAAUCAUCCUCACUCCUUUAAGGCUCUCUUUAGUAUGCUAUCUAGCUCAAUGAUAUGCAAUGCAUUGCUUCUAUUUAUUUGUUGAUAUUUUGCUACAAAUAAAAUGUCAGCAACACCGAAGGACUCAGAGAUGAAAGAUGGAGAAAACAGGACUUUAAUUAAAAUCGUAGAGAGACCAACAUUCAUAUUAAAGACUAGAGAAGGAGAAAACAGAGCUGUUUCCCCAAGCCAACGUAAUGGACAUAAAUGUCGAUGUAUCUUCAGGAGCAUCAACAAAACUACAAGAAUAAAACUUGAAAAAUACAUUUUAGCAAAUCGUACUGUUUCCACGUGUCCUGAGAUGACCACUUGUAUCAAAUUCAUGGAUGAAAAUAUGCAACUAUGUGAGAAUCCAAUAGAUUAUUUGUACGAUCAGCAAGAUUUCUUAGUCGUCGGAUGUUUAGGUGCGCAAGGUGUUGGCAAAUCAACAAUCAUAUCAAUGCUGACGUCACAUUAUUCGUCGGAUAUUUUUCAAGUCCAAGAUUUGUCGUAUUAUGAAAGUGGUGCAAAUUGUACCACUGGAAUAGAUUUCUUUGUAACUAAAAAUAGGAUAAUAUAUUUGGACACUCAGCCGAUUCUUUCUGGAUCUCCAAUUGAUUAUUCCAAUUCUUUUGAUCAAAAAAAAUCUACAAUCGAUUUUGCAAAUGCCGACCCUAAUUUGGAGCUACAAUCGCUUCAAUUUGCAGCAUUCUUAUUUUCAGUGUGUCACGUUGUUAUAUUUGUGCAAGAUUGGUUUGUGGAUCCAAAUUUGGUGAGAUUUUUACAAACUGCAGAAAUGUUAAAACCGUCUUCAACAACGAUCAUGGAUCAAGAUUAUGUGGAAUAUUAUCCGCACGUUGUGUUUUUGCAUAAUAAGGCAGAAGUGCAAGAUUUUAUGCCUAAUAAUAUUAACAGAAUGAAGGCAUUUUAUAAUAAAGUAUUUACCAGUUCUAGACUGCAAACUCAUAGCGGUAUAGACAUGACUCAAAGUUCAACAGAAGGCGGUUUAAACUUAUUUUUAAUACCUUCGAGUAUUAAAGAAGAAGACAUGACUUUUUGCGAAACUGAAAAGUCUCUUAUAGAUAAAUUACGAAUAAAGAUACAUGGAGUUCCCAGAAAUCCGAUGACACCGUCCGUCUUAACGGAGAGAAGCUGGUAUCAUUAUGUUUCAAAAGUUAUGGAAGCAAUCAAAAAAAGCCAUCUAUCCUCUGAAUAUGGAAGGUUGAUGCCUUAAACCUGAAAAUUGCUUACACGGAAAGAUGUGAAGAAAAAUAGAGAUCUCAUUUGCCUCAGAAGACAGCAAGUGAAUGAACUCUGUGCAACAGUUUAGAAUCAGUUCCCUAGACUCAUUCGCAACCCGCAUGUGAGGCAAAAUCUCCUUGAUUAUCUUAUUAAUCGAUGCACGAGGAAGAGUGAGCUCGUCAUCGUCAGUUGGUGACAUCGCAGCCGAGGCCAUUUGCUUCCUGGACAGUUAAAUAGAAAAAGUUGUUACGAAAGGACAUUAUCCAUUUUUAUAUGUGCUUUUGGGUCACAAGCGAAUAAUAAUGAAUUAUAGAUCCACGAUUAAUAAGAGUGUUGAAAGAAUAAGAAAUUAACAAUUAUAGUUGUCGUUACUGAAAUUACUGAGAAGCCAUUAUGCUUGUUCAUAUAAUGAAUAAUAUUUUUUAAGAGGGAUUAAGAAUAGUGCAUUUUAAAGGGCUUGGAAAAGGCUUUCCAAAAUGUCCUACAAAUUAUCCCCCUAUCUUCCACAGUUUCAGAGAUAUUUCGAGUUUUUAUUUUAAUAAUAAAAUUGGGUCCCAUUACUAUUCGCGGAUGGCCCAAAAUGGGUAAUGUUCUUUUCGAAAUAAUUUAGAUCAGAAAUGAGAAUUAUGAAUUAUUAUAAAUUAUACGAAUAAAUAGAAUUCUCUGCUCUCUGCAUAGAUCUGUUUUGUUUGGAAAA